AUGCACUACAUCAAACAGGCGCACGCCAUCGCGCCGCACGAGCCCGCCGUACUCCACGAGCUGGGCGUGCUGCACUACGCGAGCGGCGAGUACGCCGAGGCUGCAGACUACUUCACGCGCGGCGACUACGACGACGCCGCACGGGAGCCCUCCAUCUUUAACCUCGGCCACGCCUGCCGCAAGAUGCGCCGUUUCGACGAGGCCAUCGAAUGGUACCGGCUCGCGCUCGCCAUCGCGCCGCGCAACGCGUCGACGUACGCCGCGCUCGGCUUCACGCACCACUUGCGAGGCGACCCGGACGGAGCCAUCGAGCUGUACCACCAGUCGCUCUCGCUCAAGCCCGACGACACCUUCACCUGCGAGAUGCUCAAGGAGGCGCUCAAGGACGGCGGCGCUGCUAGCCCUCUGCCCAAGUUGGCCGCUGGAGCCACACCCGCCGUGUACGGUGACGGCGCGCUCUCCACACCUCGGAGGUGGGAGCGCGGCGAGAACGCGCUCUAA